GUACCCUUUGAGGCCAAUGGCUGCAUUCUGUCUAAUACGUCACAGGAAAAACAUGGCGGCGCACAUUGUCAGAGCUGGGAGACGUCUUGCUCCGCAGAAGAACGGCUGGCUCCUGCCUGCAGUCUGGCAGUUGUAUACUCAAGCAUGCUGUCAUCACCAUCAGUCUCCAGGCUCCUCGCUGCGCUACAUCCCCCGUAGGGCAGUUCUCUACUGCCCGGGCAAUGAUGAACGAAAAUUGAAGAAACUAGCCUUGCUGGAUGUUGACUGCGCCGUGUUAGACUGUGAGGAUGGCGUGGCCCUCACCAAAAAGGCUGAAGCCAGAGAGACCAUAGCACGGAUGUUGGGAGAGCUGAAUUUGGGCCGGACUGAGAAGUGUGUUAGAGUAAACUCAGUUUCCAGUGGCCUAGCUGAGGCCGACCUCCACAUUGUUCUGCAAGCAAAUGUUCUUCCUCCUGCCAUUAUGCUGCCCAAGGUGGAGGACAUUCAGCAGGUCAAAUGGUUUGUUGACAGGUUUCAGCACAACUUGAAAGGACGGACGCUGACAGAACCCAUUCGCCUCGUCACCUUUGUGGAAACCGCUGUGGGCCUGCUCAAUUUUAAGGCCGUGUGUGAGGAAAUCCGCCAACUCGCUCCCAGAGCCGGGCUCCACCAUGACUGCGUGGUGUUUGGCUCUGAUGACUUCUGUGCCAGCAUAGGUGCCACGCGGACUACAGAUGCCAGGGAGCUGCUGUAUGCAAGGCAGAAGGUGGUUGUGACCACCAAAGCUUUUGGGCUGCAGGCCAUCGACCUGGUUUACAUCGACUAUAAAGAUGUGGAAGGACUGAGGCUACAGGCCAGGGAGGGGGCUCUCAUGGGCUUCACGGGUAAGCAGGUCAUUCACCCUGGGCAGAUCCAGGCUGUGCAGGAGGAGUUCUCCCCGAGUCCAGACAGGGUCCAGUGGGCCGAGGAGCUCAUUGCUGCUUUUGACCAGCAUCAGAAAGAAGGAAAGGGUGCGUUCACCUUCCGUGGCAGCAUGAUUGACUUGCCCUCGCUGAAGCAGGCUCAGAACAUCCUGACCCUCUCUGCAUCGGUGUUGAAGACAUAAUUGGAAGGACCAGAGGUCUGAACCAGGACAGGAAACUGGAAAUCUCACAGACAAAAUUAGCACUUGAGAAACUUUAUAAACCAUCUACCCUGAUGCAGGGUUACAGUGGAAAACAUGGCUUGUAUUUGUGUUGCAAUUGACAGGAAUUUGUGAUUACAUUCAGUAGAUGUACAUGUCUGUUUUUACAAGAGUCUUGACUCUUGGCGUGUUUUAAACAUUACAGAAACACACAGUGAGUGUGAUCAGUGCUUUCCUCUGGAGAUAAACCCUGUGCAGCUUUCUGGCAGCAUGUUCACCAUCAUGUCACUCUGCAGCCUGCGUGCCCACACCCACCAUCUCUCCCGAGUCAUGAUAAAUGCUCUCCCAUCAGCACAUCCAGGCAGGGUGCAGGGUGGGGCGGGGGGGGGGCCCAAAGGGUAAACAAACAACACCACACUGCUGUGGUGGGUCUAUUCCUCGGGCCCCGUAGCUACAGUCGGGCCUCGGUCGCCUGCCUCGAGCCUGACUCAAGCACUUCAACAUCAUGUUUGCUUCAAAAACUAAAGAAAAGAAACAAAUGUAAUUGUUUUGUGUGAUUUUUAAUUGACGUGUUAGCCACGCGCAGCCUGAAAGUAAAAUUUGUGCAGCAUCAUUUAACUGAUUUCCUACAUUAGAGCAACCUGUGUUUACACCAGCAUUCAUCAAAACUGGAACAUAAAAAAUGAACUCUUUAAUGAGCGGAGUGAAGAAGUCACAAAUGAAGGCACAAAAGGGGGCUUUGUGGAGCACUUGUCUGACUCGCCGAGGCUGUGAAGUGGGUGUGAUGUUCGAGUAGAGACAGAUUAGUGGCCAUGUUGCUCCAGCAGACCAGGACCGAGGCUUUGUCUCUCUGACUGCGGAUGGGAGGAUAAUUGGGGGGGUGUUGAAUGGUUAAUAGUGCCAUUGGUGACCAUGGUAAUGAAAGGCGCCAUACCACCUCUACCCCACCUCGUCCCCUCUCUCUUUCUUUUUUUUUGUCAUGUUUCUUUCCCUUUACUGUAUGAUGUAUUGUGUCUGGGACAGAGCCGAUGUCUGUGCCAGGCCCGUCCAGACAAAAAAAAAAAAAAAAAAAAACAGGCAGAAGCAGCCCCUGCUCCAGCAAAGACCUCGACAGUAAGCCGUCGCGUUGGCAUUUGGCCACACUGGUUUCUCCAAACUGGUUCACUUUCUGCUGCCAUAUGAACACAUUGGGCCGGUUGGUUUUCAAACUCUCUUAUAAAAAACCCUGAUAUUGGUUAGUAUGAUAAUAGUGUUUGCAGCUGUUUUUGAGACUUUUUGUGGUGAUAUAAAAAAAACUUUAAAAUAAUUAAUGAAUUAUUUGACUGUCCUGAUUACUUAGAAUGUAGAUUGUUGCCGUUUUUCUUUAACCUUUGUUUAACUUUGAAAUGUUUUCCUCUGACUCUUUGCAUUUAAGAUUGCUGCAAUAAAAAUAAAAAAAUAAACCUGUUUAUUCCAAA